AGUAUUUUCAAUUUGAAUCCAAUUAAAAUCAAACACACUUGAACAAUGAUACUUUGGACAGCACGCUCCAGAAGUUUACCAUCUUCGGCAAGAGUCCAUUCUUGAAUAGAGGGCACUUGCAUAACGCGCGCACAAUUAGUAUUCCCGUGGCGUAAUGAUAUUAAAACAAAAAUUGUAAUAAAUGCGAUGCGGUGAAAGUGUUUUCUAAAGCGACGAAGAAGUCGCGCGAUGCAUGGACAUUUGCGGAUUAGCCGCCACUCGAGUCGGUUCUUCGACCGCGCAUCAUAGAUCCAGGUCACUGGGGUGUUCUCCAUCUGAGGAAGGUCAUGAUAUGUCUCCAAGACUACAAGAACUACCGUUGCCUUGUUUUCUCCAUCGUUGCUGCCUUCGUGACUCUGCAAGACGUACAAGCCCAAGCGGAAACGGAGAGAAUCGAUGAACUUGUGCGAAGAUGGGCUCCAAAAAUAUACUUGGCACCGAACGAGAUUUUUUUUCCGUUGAGCAUCGAAGAAUUUUUGGAACAUGUUUAUCCGGGUGAUGACUAUGCUAGACCGGUAACCGAUGAUUGGUCAACAGAGAACAAUCAUCUGCCGCAAGGAAAGAGUUCCAAAUCCCUUUUUCUGCAUACUAGAAAAGAUAUAGAGACUCUAAGAAAUCAAUCGUCAUUCUUGAAUGGAAGGGACCCAAGCAAACAUCCCGUUCCAUUGUACGUAAUCGUAACAAAUUGCGAUUUAUCUUCACGCACUUUCUUCGGCUAUUCCAAUGAUAUUUCAACGGACACAAAUAUCACCGAACCGGAUCUCCAUUUUCACGUAACGUACUGGCUUUUCUAUCCGUACAAUGAAGGCAAGGAGGUGUGCUAUAUGGGAAAAAUCCCGGCCCCCAUAAUAUUCAAUACCUGCUUUGGAAGGCGGAAGCUGUACGGUGACCACGUCGGGGAUUUCGAACAUUUGAGUUUAUAUUUUCGAGGAAAACCAUAUCCAGACGAGAUUUUUCUCUCUGUCCACGACAGCGGCGUUUACUACAAAUACAAUCCGGUCAAGAAGAAGUUCAAGUACAAACAUCAAGUUACGAGGAAAGGCAUAGUACAAAGACCCAAAUUUCCACCCACGGUUCGUACCUCCAGAGGCCAUCCCAUACUCUUCUCUGCCAAAGGUUCGCACGGCCUGUGGUCAUCUCCAGGUGAUCAUUAUUUCGUUAGAGUUCCAAGGCUCACAGAUCAAAACGGGUACGGAGUUGUUUGGAAAACCUGGAAGUAUAUGAAAAUUUUCCAUUUGGGUUUCACUCAACCUCCAACGUGGAUGAAAUAUCAAGGCAGAUGGGGAAAUCCUAAAUCCAAUUGUCUUCUGGCGAAGAGAUUAGGUAUAUGUCAAUUAUCCGAUGGGCCGAUGGGCAUCAUCAGAGAUGUGCAAGAUUUCUACUGCGACAAAGAAAAAUGA